CGUCAGAUGUUAUCGAUGUUUAUUUUUAUUCAAAUAAAUAAUAAUUUGGAUUCCAUGCAAGUUUUGUUAUCAUAAAAUGGAAAUUUAAAAAUCGACAGUGAUUUUAUUAGUGUAAAAUACAAUAAUGUCUUCGGAAGCCGAAGAAAACCCCGUCCAUAUUGGUCCUGUUGACGUCGACUCUCUUAAGAAAGAAAAUGAAAAGAAUUCCGAACAUUUUUGCGAUUCUGGAGUGGAGUCUGCUGACUCCUGCUCCGCUACACUGCCUACAUCAUCAGACUGUGAGGUAUCGUCCAUAAAGACUGCAGAACAUGACAAACUGUUUGACCUAAAAAAUGAUAGUGAAAAACCAGUUGAAAUUGAUAAUAGACCUAUUUUAUCGAGUCCUGCUUGCUUAACACCGGAUAUAAAUGAUGUCACGGAGAAUUUACUGAGUUUAGAAGAGUUUUCUUUCAACAAAACCGACGGAACGUCGCUUGUACAUGACUAUGUUUGUGAAACCAAAGAAGAAUCAAUUACUGAAGGAAUUCUUGAUGACAACUUUGUUACCGAGUCUGCCAAAAGCACUGACAAUUCCUCGUCUAAUUCCACUGAUGACUUGCAGAGCAAUGAACAUAUUGAAGAAGGAAAUGAGGGACAGAGCACACAUGCCACAGAGCACAGUAUUAAUCAUUCUGAUCUAGAAAACAAAGGUAUUAGGAGCCUUACGACGUCUACGGUGAGCCUAAAUGACCAUAGAGUUACGGAUAACAAGGACACUACUAUAUCUAAGUCACCUUACAGCCGAAGUGCUGAAAACAUAUCAGUAAUAGAUCAAAACAUGACACAAAAUGUAAAUUGUACCAAAGAAUUAAACACAGAAACGAUCCUAGCUCAGUUCUCAAACCAAAAGCCUAAAGUCACAGCAGUACAGAAGAUUACAGUAGAAAUACCAAAAGCAACGGAACCUUCGCAAAACUUAGACGUUAGAUACUCGAGGUUACCAAAAGAACUGCUGUCUCAAGACUUAGGCUCCAUAGUCAAGAAUGUACAUGGGAUAUUUUCAUCAGUUAGUGGCAGCUUAAAGUACGCUUACAAUCAGACGCACAGAGCUCCAAAGCCUCCGAUUAAACCUAUCACAAAACCCAUACUGAAUGGGAAAGUCAUGGAUGAUAUAUUUGAAGAUGAAGCCACUGUAAAACCAAAUGUAACCAAUGGUCUUGAUAAAUCUCCUGUAAAAAUUGAAACAGCUCCACAAGAAAUGAAAAAAGAAGAGAUAAAUACAACUGUAGAUAACAAAAAUGAAAAUGAGAUAGACAAUGACCCGAAGAGAGAUAUAUUAAGACUGCAGAUAGCAUCUUUGGAGAGAGUCCUGGCUGAGCAGAGAAAGGAGAACACCAGUCUCAGAGAGAGAGUGAAACAGCAGGUUGACGAGCUUCAGGAGAAGGAUCAGACUUUCAAGGAGUUGGAGUUGAAGAUAGAUCAGAUGACGAAACGCGUCGAGCAAGCAGAACGCGAGAAAGAUGCGGCUGUGAUGCGUUACGCGAGCGUGGAGUGCGCGGCCAUAGAGGCUAGAAGAGCGGCGGAGAAGGCAGCGGCGGCUGAACGAGCGAACAGCACUGAGGUGGAACUACUCAACAACAAGAUCAAGUCUGCCAGUCAGGAGAAGGCCAGGAUCUGCCAGCUCUAUGACGAUAAGUGUCACGAGCUGUCGAACUGCGAGCGCGAGCUGGCGAAGGUGAGAGAAGACCUGAAGGAGCUCGAAGGUCGGCUCAAGUGGACGCAGAGCAAGCUGCGUAUGGAGAUGGACGCUUACAAGGACAGCGCAGAGCGUGCUGAGAAGCUGUCGCAGCAGGUGAGCGAGCUGGAGGCGGCGAAGGACGCCGCCGCCGCCAACGCUACAGACUCCGCGCGGGCCAGGCAGCUUGAACUGGAACUCAAGGAAAGCCAAGCCGCCCUUAUCCUCUGUCGUCACGAGAAGGAAGACCUGGAGCGUCGGCUGGCCUCCACCACCCAGCAACUGGACUCUUGCAAGCGGGAAAGGGACCUCGCUACCACCGCGCUUGCGCAAGCCACCACUGAGGUGAGUUCCCUGAAGGCCAGCAACCUGCGUCUGGAGGAGGAGGCGGCGGAGCUGGCCGCGCUCCGGGCGCAGGCCGCGCUGGCCGACACGCUCAGCGGUCAGUUACAGAGGGAAACGGAGCGCGCAUCGCAGGCAGAGGAGGCCCUGUCCCGCGAGCGCGCCCGCGCCGAGACCUGCGCGCGCAGGGAGGCGGCCGCGCUCGAGCACGCGGCGCGGCUCACGGCGCAGCACGUGCAGCAGCGGGCCGCCACCAGCGACCACGAGAACAAGGCUCAAGCCCUGUCCCUGGACAACGCCAGCCUCCGGGAGCGGAUAUCCUCGCUUGAAGCAGAAUGCACGCGGCUACAGGAAUCUCUAGCCGAGGAGACAGAGCGACGCAAUCGGGAAACUCGAGCACUUGCUAGGAAGGUGGCAGAGCUGACAGAAGAAGCGGCCGAGACGGGCAAGAAGCUGGAAUGGGAGAAGGGGGAGAAUGGAGUGCUGAAGAAGAAACACGCCAACGCUAUCAAGGAACUAAAUCGCGAGCUACAACGAGCGCUGAAGCGCUGUGAACAGCUGGAGGCGAAACUGCCACCGCCCGACGCCGCCUCCACCAGAACAGGUUCAGUAUCGUCCCUGAGCAGCGGUGAGAGCGCGGCGACAGACGAGCGUCUUCAAAACGGCCACGCACCCGUCGACGCGCUGCCCGACAUACAGGUUCGCGAGCCAGACAGGCAGCAGCUAAUCGAGCGCAUAGUGUCGCUCCAGCGGGCAGCGGCUAGGAGGGCAGAGCGCUGCGAGUUCCUUGAGGAGCAUUCUCGCCAGCUGACGGUGGAGCUGCGAGGCAAGGCGCGCUUGCUGCGGCAGCUGCUGUGCUCCUUGCCGGCGGGGGCCGUCGCCUCGCCGCACAGCGACGCUCAUAAGAAAGAGAUAGCCCGGCUGGGCGGAGGCGCGAUGGCCGCAGUGUGGGGCGGUGACGCGGGUGGCAUGACGCUCGAACUGUCGCUGGAGAUGAACUCGAAGCUACAAGCCGUGUUAGAGGACGCGCUGUUGAAGAACAUCACUCUCAAGGAAAACAUGGACACGUUAGGCGAAGAGAUCGCCAGGCUAAAAGAACAAAUGAAAAUCAACACAGAAAACAAAUCGUAAAUAUAUUAAAACAAUGGUGCUAAUUCCUGCAGACGCCGUCAAAUUUUAUUUUAAGUUAUACCUGUCAUUUUCUUAUCUGCUGUAAAAGAAAGGGACAAGUAAUCGACAGGCAUAAAAUUUAUGGAACACACGUCAAUUUUAAACACAAUUCUAAAACAGCCGUAUAAAAAUUUUACACACGACAACCGGCUUGCAUACCAGCGAGAUACCUUUUUGAUUCGCCCGGGUUAUUCAUUCAUUUACUCGUUCUUUCUAAAAUGAGAGCUGUCAAUCAUCCGUCCCUUUCCUUUUCGGCGGAUAAGAAAAUGACAGGUAUAACUAAAAGUAAAAUUAGAACGUGUCUGCAGGAAUCGGGGCCAUUAUAUUUAAUAAAUAUAAGAGUACUAUCACUAUCAAGUUUAAAAAUAUAUCAAAAAAUAAUAAAGAAUGAAAGCGAAACUAAAUAAAUAAAAUAUUAAAUUAAAUAAAUAAUAAAAUUAAAAUUAAUUAAUGCCAAUGCCAGUGAGAGCAGAAAAAAACAUUCCAAAAAAAAUUCGUUAAUAACCCGCCUAUGUUUAAAUUUUGGUUCGUCAAAUUGUUUUUGCUAAGGUCAAUUUAAUAGAUCACAUUAGACGUUACCUUAACCUCAAAGAUAUAAGGUUUAACACCCGUAUUCUAAAAUGUUAAAUCUUUCUUCACUCGACUUGGCCUCAGCUGAGCAUUUUGGUAUUUGAAGUCGACAUUUACGCCUUCGACUUGAGGACUUUACUCGCUGGAGUCGAUCAUACUGCCAACAUAAUACAUAACAUACAUAACAUAAACAGCCUUAAUACGUCCCACUGCUGGGCACAGGCCUCCCCUCAAUCAACCGGAGGGGGUAUGGAGCAUACUCCACCACGCUGCUCCAAUGCGGGUUGGUGGAGGUGUUUUUACGGCUAAUAGCCGGGACCAACGGCUUAACGUGCGCUCCGAAGCACGGAAUCAUCUUACUUUUCCGAACAAUCGGGUGAUUGUCGAAAUCACUUUGUGAGACUGUCCUUUGUUUGGUAAGGACUUUUCAGGCCAACAUAAUAAUACGAAAAUAAUGACGUCAUUGAGGAGCUCGGUGGCGCAGCGGUAAACGCGCUCGGUCUGCGAUUGUUGAAGUUAAGCAACUUUCGCAAAGGCCGGUCAUAGGAUGGGUGACCACAUAAAAAAGUUGUCAUCUCGAGCUCCUCCAUGCUUCGGAAGGCGCGCUAAGACGUUGGUCCCGGCUGCAUUAGCAGUCGUUAAUAACCACCAAUCCGCACUGGGCUCGCGUGGUGGUUUAAGGCCCGAUCUCCCUAUCCAUCCAUAGGGAAGGCCCGUGCCCCAGCAGUGGGGACGUUAUUGGGCUGGUGAUGAUGAAUGACGUCAUGUUUGAAGGACUUCCCAGGCUACUUUCCUCAAAGACAAUAUAGAUGGCGCUGUACAGAUUUUCCUUUGUUUAACCUUCUUCACGUCACGGUUGGUUACCAUGGUUACGCCGAUUUGCUAUUAGACUACAGCUGAUCGGGAAACGGGAGUUGGUAGGGAGUUACCAUGGUAACCCGUAACCUUGACGCAUGCGUGUAAUAAGCCCUUUACACAGCGUGCUAGGCCUGCAUGUGUGGUCUAUUAUAUCGAUCCUAUUAUCAUUAAGUAUUCUUUCUCAAGUAUUUUCUGAUUUAUUUUUAUUUAAUUAUACUUUGUAUAUUGUCUUUUGGUGUAACGUGGUUCUUGAGUGUCUGUUUGAUGAUAAAAAACAUCUCUUUACUUUGUCUUCGACGAAAAAACCUUUCAACAGCUUUAAACUACGAUUCCCUUCAAGUAAACGAGCAGCUUUAGGGUGAACCAUGGUAUAAGAAAACCAGGUAUGCUCAAAAAUGACAGAUAACAUUUUAAGGUUAGCCCAGCUGACGUCAUCCCACCCUGCGUUGCUAUUUCGUUGUCCCGACCAAUGUUUUUAUAUUUACUUUCCAUGGAAAUUUUGAACUUCUAGUAAAAGAUUUACUUACAGUUUUAAUCAUUUUAGUAAUCUUCUUCUUCUUGUCGUUUCGAUGGCAUUAGAUUUCUUCAGCCCAGUAAUCCGCCACUCGAACAGCAUCCUCGGUGGCACUCAUCAGCCCCUCUCGCGUGCAGGUAUCAGGGCACGCGGGGCAAGUUAUCAGAUGAGCCAUAACUGUGGCGUAACACCACACACGCAGCUCAGAUCCGAUCCGAUGAGAAAACCCCACCUGGACAGGUUAUCUUUACUUCAGCCAACCUGUGUGCGGAGUCUAUUUAAAGAUUUCCAGGUCGGCCUGGUGCUCAUAACCCGGUGGAAGGUUCUCCGAGAGGGGGACAAAUGGAGUAGGUAGCGUUUUAGUAAUAGUAAUUCAAUACAUUAGUCAGUCACAUAAUUUACGUUCUUGGAACGUUGGAGAUACCAAUUUAAUGGUAACACUUACGUCAUCAAUGGGCUAGCAACGGCGGCUUGUCAUAGGUUGAGCAUACCUGCGGGCUUAGCACCGUAAGCACCCGUCUCUCUCUCACAGUACUGCACAGAAAGAGACAGACGAUCUCUGUCGCGGCGAGAAAGAGUCGCGUGCUUACGGUGCUAAGCGCCCUGGUCUUCUUAUACCAUGGGGUGAACUAACCUCUGGCCGCACCACCACCGCGCUUCUAUCCUUUUCUGCCACUCAGAACCGUCAUUGGCUAGAGCGAGAUAGUGCGAACGCACGGGGCGGAUACGGCGUACCAGUCGCAUUGCGAUCUCGCUCUAACCAAUGGCAGUUCUGAAUGACAGAAAAAGAAGCAUAGGAAAGUGCGAUGCGGUGCGACCAGACGUAGUUCAAAUUGAUAAUUACUGUUAUUUCUAAAUCUUUAAACUAAACUCCUUUCUCUCUAAGAUACGAGUACCGAAAUGUGUAACAAAUCUUUCUUCCUAUGAACGUAAAGUGCAAAUUUGCGUGGCAUAUGAAACUAUGUACCUUAUUAUGUACGUGCGAUAGCUGAUUUUGUGAUUGUUGGGUUUCCAUGAGCGAUUUUGUUUAAAAUAGUUUUAAAACUAGCUCUGUCUCUGUCUUGCACUUAUUGUGAGUAAAGGACGGGAAUAUUUUAAAAACAGUCACACUAAAGUAAAUCUAAGUUUCUUUCGCCAUAAUCAGCAUUUCUACUAAAAAGCUCGGUGAGGUGUGGGUACUUAGUUCAUCUUGCGAUGGAUAUUUUUCUGACUACGCCAAUUAAAAAAGUCACGCUCUUGUCUGUGUAGCAUUCUCCAUGCUACUUUUGUUUCCCUCCUGCCUUCCGCUCCGCAGUACUCUGUCUGACGCGAGUGGGAUAGCGCCCAGAGUAGUCUAUUACAAAGCCCUACUAGGACUCCUGUCCUCCGCCUCUGAAUAGUACUGACAGUUACUGCUGCCUUCUGUCAGGUUCCAGGUUACAGCCCCUGUGACGCGCCCCUUCCGUCCUGCAUUGCCGUACCGAUGGCUCCCAUCUCCGCCUCUGCAACCGUUGAGGUCUUCACCCGUAUCCCUGGGCAAGGGAUCUAUCUACCUAAAGGCUAGUUAAUAAAGCUCUUUUAAUAUAAAUUGUGUUUUUUUUCUGUCGGAAAUAUUCCCAAAAUGGUGUCGCUCGUGGAAACUCAUCGCGUUUACGUUUAAGUUCGCCUAAUUGUAAAAAGCUUUAAAUUGUAAUUACUAUGAUUGAGAUUCUAUUUUUAUUUACUGAAUUAUAUGUUCGAUCAAAUGUAUUGAUAAAUGUCUUAAUCAGGGACUUUUCAGGGCACGUUCCUCAAAAUCCUCAUAGAUGGCGCUGUACAGUUUUUACCUUCUAAUUUCAUAGAUAACAGACAUAUGCGUCUUUCAUCUUUGUUUUUGGGUAUAAAUGAUAACCCUUUUUAUUACGCCCAAGCACAAUUACACCUUCCACCCAUUAUUAUUCUGAUCAAAAUAAAUAAACAGUAUAGGUAGCAACAUAAUUCUAUACAUAAUGUGAUCCAAAUAUCAAGCAACAAUUAUUUUUAUAUACAGGGUGUUAGUGACAUCGUAACAAAUACUCAGGGGGAUGAUUCAGGCCAUGAUUCUGAGUUAAUAUCAAGCGGAAUUUUUC